AUGGAGGUUGAAUCCACUAUAUAUAAUGCUGAUAAUCUUGGAAAUGUCUCUCUACUUGUUAAACCCUACUCUCCUAUUUCUUUCAUCAUGUCUCAUUCUGAUUCUUCACAAAGUGAAAGUGAAAAUAUGGAUUCUCCUCGUUCAUAUCAAUGCUACGGUGAUGAACGCCGUAAAAUGGAUAACAAAUCAGAUCGGCUUAGCGCCUUACCAGACCGUCUCAUCCUUCACAUCCUCUCAUCCUUCCAGAUGAAAGAUGUUAUACAAAUUGGAGUUUUGUCCAAAAUGUGGCGGCUUUUGUGGACUUCAGCACACAAUUUAUGUUUUAGCCACUCUCUUGAAUCAAACCGCGAUGUAACUGAAUUAAUAAAAUCCAUUGAUGAUACAUUGAUUCUCUCCCAGCCUAGUAAAUUGAAUAAAUUUUCAGUUGAGUUUCUUUACAGCAACCUAUUUGUUGACCAUGUUAAUAAAUGGAUGAUUUUUGUGACGAUUAAGUCUGUUGAGGUACUGGAGUUGAAUCUGAUGAAGAUGCGGGGUUGUGAAGAGGGUUAUAGCUUACCACAACUUAUGUAUUCCAAUGUGUGUUUACGUAAACUGAAGUUGUCCAAUUGUAAUCUUGUACCGAUGGAAGGAAUUAAUUGGCCCGCGCUUAGGGUUUUAUCUAUGUGGUACGCUAAAUUGAGCUUAGAAGUUGUUGAUGCCAUCUGUUCUGGAUGUCCUGGAUUGGAAUCUCUUAAGUUUUAUAGUGACGACGAUGACAAUGAUGAUAAAGAACUGAUGAUAUGGGCUAGGAAUGUUACUUCGCUCGAGAUUAGUGGAUGUUUUAAUGAGAAAAUACUUGUUCUUCAGAAUGUAGAAGCUCUAGUCGAUGCUAAGCUAUAUUUCGGACGUGAGUUUAGGACUAAUCAGAAGAUGUUAAAUGAUCUCCUUGCAUCAUUGGGUCAUGUUGAGAAAUUCUCCAUUGGGCCAUGGUGCCUGAAGGUUUGA